AUGCAGUACGCUCCCUUUGCUUCAGAUAUAGAGCUUCCGUUCUAUACAGCGCUAGCGUCCCGCAAGAUCAAUCAUGAUAAGCUUGAUGACUCCGCCCACAAGAUUCUAGGACUCUACGAGAUACGCCCCGCAGACCCCCCCAAUGCGUCCUGCAGGAUCCAAGUACAUGGGAAUGCCCUCGCUAGCAAUGAUGCGCCAGCUAGCUACUACCGAGCGGAGGGCAUCAUAAGGAAUGUGAACACUAUUGAAGAGUACACAAACGCUGACAAGAUGGCUAUGCUUCAACAGUCCGGGAAAGUGAUAUGGGAUGCUAUUAACGACGGCACUGUCUACUCAUGUCCAUCUUUGCUGUCUUCCUUCAUUAUCCUCUCUUACGCCGAUCUCAAGAAGUACAAGUUCCAUUACUGGUUCGCGUUUCCUGCGCUUCAUUCAGAGCCCUCUUGGAUACCACUAGAGGAAGGGAGCGAGCGGCCACAGCGUGCGCAAUCAAAGAGACUGUCCAUUGCGGAAAGUUCUGCGCUCAACGAAUCUGUGCAGGAGUGGGCUCGUGGCGUAAAUGCCCAGCAACGAGGAUUCUUCCUAGCGCGGAGAGUGAAAGCACAGGACGGCCAUGCUGUUAUCUGGAAGAUUGCACCCCUCUCAAGCUAUGAGGAUGGAUUCUUUAACAACACGGAAUUUGCGGACCGCUUUAUCAGCUUCGUCGAUCCUUCAAACUUUGACGAGGCCCCUGGCUGGAUGCUGCGAAACCUGCUCAUCCUUGUGAAACGACGGUGGGGACUUACAGAGACCCAAGUAUUGCGCUACCGUGAUGGACAAUCGCUACGUGGCAGCAGUCGUAGCAUUGUGCUAUCAAUACGGCUAAAGGCGUCACAGCUUCUCGAGCUUCCGGCCAAGUGCAAUGGAAUGCCUAAGGUGACCGGGUGGGAGCGUAAUCCAGCUGGAAAACUGGUCGGAAGAUUCGUCGACCUCACGGAACAUCUGGACCCCAAGAGACUUGCCGAUCAGUCCGUUGACCUCAACCUCAAGCUUAUGAAGUGGCGGAUCAGCCCGAACCUCGAUCUCGAGAAAAUCAAAGGAACAAGGUGUCUUUUACUUGGAGCUGGAACCCUGGGAAGCUAUGUCGCUCGAAACUUGAUGGCCUGGGGAGUAAGAAAGAUAACAUUUGUAGAUAACGGUUCCGUGUCAUUCUCAAACCCCGUGAGACAGCCACUCUUUAAUUUUGCCGACUGUUUGGAUGGCGGCGCGAAAAAGGCGUACCGGGCGUCUCAGGCUCUAUCAGAGAUUUAUCCCGGCGUUGAAUCCAUUGGCCAUGUACUGGCUGUUCCUAUGGCGGGUCACCCUAUAAUGGACGUUGAAAAGACAAAGGCAGAAUUUGAGCUCCUCAAAAAGCUCAUAGACGAUCAUGACGCUAUUAUACUUCUAAUGGACACUCGAGAAUCACGUUGGCUACCAACCGUGAUGGGGAAAGCGGCGGGUAAAAUUGUUAUGAAUGCAGCAUUGGGUUUCGACACCUUUGUCGUAAUGCGCCAUGGCGUUGUAAACAACGAACACCCAGAGGAAGAGCUGGGUUGCUAUUUCUGCAAUGACGUUGUUGCACCUAUGGAUUCCCAGAAAGACCAGACGCUCGACCAGCAGUGCACCGUCACUCGACCUGGAGUAGCCACCAUGGCAUCGGCUCUGUUGGUUGAGUUACUGGUGUCAGUUCUCCAGCAUCCGCUAGGAGCUGCUGCAGGUGCUCCCCAGACGCAGGGUGACGAUGAUCACCCUCUCGGGGUUGUUCCGCAUCAGAUCAGAGGGUUCUUGUCGACUUUUGAGAAUGUCUCUGUCGUAGGUCGAAGCUAUAGAUGUUGCAGCGCAUGUUCCAAAAAUAUCACAAACGAAUACAAAAAGGAGGGCUGGAACUUCGUGCAAAGAGCACUGAACGAAGUAGGUUAUGUUGAAGAGCUGAGUGGUCUCAAAGAGGUUCAAGACACAGCGGAAGCAAACUUAGCCGAUAUUGAAUGGGACGAAGAUUCGGAACUCGACGAGAUAUCGAUAGGUGAGACCUGA